CAACGAUCUCACUCCUAACAUGGGGUAGCCUUUCGGCAGUACCGUCUAAGCCAGCCAUGCAGCCAUGGCUUUGUAUCGGCCCCCGAAAGCUUGGCCAAGCUGGGAAGCAGAGAUUGUCAGGCUCAUGCCAGAUUGGAGUUUGCAGUAGUGGAGCCAUCCCGUCACAUUCGCCAUGCAGUGCAGCUCCUGCCACGUGAAGCGCUGCUCCACCGAAUUUCCAGGCACCACGCUGUCUGAGACCUGCGAACAUCCGCCGACCAUUUGUUUGAGCUGUUUGAGGAAGUUGCAAAGCAACUUAGAGAGCCUCUCUCAUUGUCCACAGUGCUGGGAACCGUUGGCCACAGCGGAUUGUCAGAAGCUCCAAGCAGCCAUCAGACACUGCGACCGAGCCUGUGCUGCUUUUGAAGAUCUUGACAUCUUGAAAGAACGUGAACAGAAGGCCAAAGAGGAGGCGAAUCUGGACCCCAUGGGCCUUGUUGGGACAAGAACUGGAGAAAUCGAGGUGACAGUGCUUGACGGGCGUCGGUGCAAGCUGUCCUUGAGCAAGCAGAUGCGUCUCUCUGAAGUGAUGAAACAGAUUCAAGAGAAGCUUGGAGUGCCUCCAGGCCAGCAGCGCCUCCUCUUCCGAGGCCGUGAGAUCAGCGAAAACACAGAAGAAGAAGAUCCCCUUUGGGGCACUUUGGCCGUCCCCUUUGGCGAGGCGUUGCAAUUGGUGGUCAUCAUGUACCAAACAGGCCGCGCCUCCUCUGGGACGGUGAGGAGCCUCCAGUUUGAGUUGCGUUGGACUGCCCAACAUGUGACCUUGCGCAAUGGGAAGAAUACCAUCCACCAUCUCAACGGCUCAUGCUUGGUCCUGAAUGGUCGGGGCAUGUUGAUGACAGUGGUGGAUUUUCAGAAACAGAGCUAUCCAGGGAUUCGGCAUGGAGGACCCUCUUCUCGCAUCAGUCCCCGGCAAAGCUUGUCGGUGGACGUGGGCCUCCUGCCCUCCGACUGCCGAUAUCUGUUCUUUACGCUGAGUGGCUUUAUGCCCGGAGGAGUCUCAUUGGCGAUCUUCCAGGACCCUUCAGUCCACCUUCGGGAUGCCGCCACCCACCGUGCAUUGGCCAGCUACACGGCAGACCGCUGCCGGAGCGGAGAGGCAGUGGUUCUUUGCUGCGCAUCGAAGAAUCAACUGACUGGCCAAUGGAGCGUCCAGCAGAUAGGUAAAGGCAGCUCUGGAAACAAGAGCAAUUACGAGCCCCUCUACCACACGGUUCAGGCUCUGGUCAAUGCUGGGCAAGUGAUGUGAACAGCGUCCCAACGCAGGAGGAAAAUCGGGGCGAGCCGGAGGCUGAAGAGGAGUGAUUGUCAGCACAAAAUAGUCAGCUCGAAGCUGGAACCUGAUUUUUGUGCUCUUC